UUUAACCUAAGAAUCAUAUCAAAAACGCAGGCGAUGCACUUGGCUCCCUCGAAUCGGAUUGAGAUUAUACGAUCACUCGCUACCAAACAGACGCGCGCUGAAACGUUGGCAGCACUGUGACAACAAUGAAGUGCCCGUACUGUUCGGCGGCGCAGGGGCGGUGCGCCACCUCGAGCUCCGGCAAGUCCAUCACGGAGUGCAUUUCCUGCGGCCGUGUGGUCGAAGAGCGCCAAUUCCAGCCCCACCAUCUCUUCCAGCUUCGCGCUCAAGAUAACCCCCUUUCCCUCGUCACCUCCGACCUACCAACCCCUCCGCUCCACCACCAGCACGAUCAAGCUCUGGAUCCUUUCGAGCCCACAGGCUUCGUUACGGCCUUCUCCACAUGGUCCUUGGAGCACAGUCCCCUCUUCCUCCGCUCCUGCUUCUCCUUCUCCGGCCACCUCGCGGAGCUCGAGCGCACCCUAGAGUCUACUUCGUCAUCUAAUUUGCCGUCUUCAUCCACGGUUGUGGUGGAUAAUCUUAGGGCUUAUAUGCAGAUUAUCGAUGUGGCUUCUCUUUUGGGGCUGGAUUACUAUAUUUCCGAGCACGCGUUUAAGUUGUUUAGGGACUGUUGCUCCGCUACUUGUUUAAGGAACCGGAGCGUCGAGGCGCUUGCCACUGCUGCCCUUGUUCAGGCUAUUAGGGAGGCGCAGGAGCCCCGAACCCUUCAGGAAAUCUCCAUUGCGGCCAAUGUACCCCAAAAAGAGAUAGGAAAGUAUAUCAAGAUUUUGGGAGAAGCUCUGCAAUUAAGUCAGCCCAUCAAUAGCAAUUCCAUAUCAGUCCAUAUGCCAAGGUUCUGCACGCUUCUCCAACUCAAUAAAUCUGCUCAGGAACUGGCAACUCAUAUUGGGGAAGUUGUCAUCAACAAAUGCUUCUGCACUCGCAGGAAUCCCAUUAGCAUCUCUGCUGCCGCUAUAUAUUUGGCUUGCCAAUUAGAAGACAAGCGGAAGACGCAAGCAGAAAUUUGUAAGGUUACAGGUCUCACUGAAGUUACCCUCCGGAAAGUCUACAAAGAGCUACUAGAAAAUUGGGACGAUUUGCUUCCAUCUAAUUACACUCCUGCGGUUCCUCCUGAAAGGGCAUUUCCAACUACUGUAAUUGCUUCAGGCCGUUCUUCAGCUCCUAAAGUUGAUGCAUUUGAAGGGACUUCGUUAGAUAAGGACAAAGAGACUAAACCAAAUAUUAUACCCAUCGAGAUCUCCGACAUGGGUCAUCCAUCCAGAGUCAAAGAAGAUAGUGAGAGUAAAUUUGUAUCCCGUGGGAUGUAUAACCCCGUGACCAACAGGUCAACAACUUUUUGUCAACCACAUCCUGCUAAAGGGACUUCUGUUGCAAGUACUGCUGGAAAGAAGAGUCAAAGCGAUAACCAGGGAAUGGAUAUUGUUAAGGAGCACUCCAACAGCUAACAGUAAGAGCAGAAGGUGUAUGAAGCAUGGAUGCUCCACACCACAGUCACCAACAUUGCCAUCGGAUUCCUGUAUCAUGUUCAACUAGCAAGUAACAAAUUUUAACUAGCCGUUUAUGCUAUAGUGGUUCAACGGAAUGAAAUGGUGUCCAAAUGGAAGAAAAAUGAUGCUAGAGAUAGAUACAUAGUAGUAUUCUGGUACGAAGCAAACAUUUCCUUGCUUUUGUAUGGGAGAACGACCCUCUCGUUAAAGCACAUAGUACUAAGUUCCAUGUAUAAGGCCACGUCAACUCCAUUAUGAAGGAGAAUUCACUGUUUCCGACAGGAUUAAGGUACGCAUAACUAAUUACUCCCAUACCAAGUUUUAGUUUAAAACUCUCAUCACACACUUUGAUUAUUGCCUUUUACAUGUCUGAACUACCAAACUAUGUAAAAGUUGGUCAGGGGACUGUAUAAGUUGUAAGGAGGAGAGUCUUAGGGGCAUGUCUAAUUAGUGUAGGAAUUUCAGUGCAGGGUAGGCUUUUUGUAUGCGUUCGGGCUCUUUUGACUCAUCUAUCUAAUAUAUCCCAAGGGAGAUGCCUACAUAAUUAUUUAAA